AUGUCUUCAAUCUUGGAAUUUUUCAACCCUGGUAAGAAUCCAGUUGUUAAUUCAUCAUCAACAACAGAAUCAAACUAUUAUUCAACUUAUAAGGCUAAUUAUGAAUCAAAUUUAUUGAAUUCCAAUACAGCUUCCAAAUCAUCCCAAUAUUUUAUUAACAAUUCAUCAUUAGAAGACAAAUUAGAAUCAGAAGCACAUAAAAUAAAUCAGGGAAUCAAGGAUGAGUUCAAAGGUAUUAAACUUUAUAGUGCAGAAUAUUAUUAUACUUGUACACUUGGUGGUAUUUUAGCUUGUGGACCAACUCAUUCGGCAGUUACACCUUUAGAUCUUGUUAAAUGUCGUAGACAAGUUGAUGCAUCACUUUACAAAUCAAAUUUACAAGGAUGGAGAACUAUAAUUAAGACUGAAGGAUUCGGUGGUAUUUGGACUGGGUUAGGUGCUACAGCAAUUGGUUACUCAUUUCAAGGGGCUGGUAAAUAUGGAUUUUAUGAAUUCUUCAAAGAAACUUAUAGUAAUUUAGUUGGACCUGAAUUUGCAAAUAACUAUAAAACUGGUGUUUAUCUAGCUGCAAGUGCAAGUGCUGAAUUUUUAGCAGAUAUUGCAUUAUGUCCAUUUGAAGCUAUUAAAGUUAAAACUCAAACAACAAUCCCACCAUAUGCAACAGGUGUAUUAGAUGGAUGGAAAAAAAUCACUGCAGUUGAAGGUAUUUCAGGUUUAUAUAAAGGUAUUGUACCAUUAUGGUUUAGACAAAUUCCAUAUACAAUGUGUAAAUUUGCAUCAUUUGAAAAAAUUGUUGAAGAAAUUUAUAAAAAUUUACCAAAACCUAAAAAAGAUUAUAGUUCUUUACAACAAACUGGUGUUUCAUUUGUUGGUGGUUAUAUUGCUGGUAUUUUCUGUGCAGCUGUAUCUCAUCCUGCAGACGUUAUGGUUUCUAAAAUAAACAAUGAUAAAGGUGCAAAUGAAUCAAUGAUGAGUGCAGCAUCAAGAAUUUAUGGUAAGAUUGGAUUUGGUGGAUUAUGGAAUGGAUUACCUGUUAGAAUUGUUAUGAUUGGUACUUUAACAGGAUUACAAUGGUUAAUUUAUGAUUCAUUUAAAGCUUAUGUUGGAUUACCAACAACUGGUGGACAUUGA